AACAUUACUCACGUGAUGUCCAUAGUCAUAUCCCAGUGGAACGCUACGACCAAACAAAACAACACUAUUGGCAAUGUCACGCCCUUCGGUGACCUUGACAUCACCCAACCGGAAGAUCGGUUUUAUGCGGAGGGCAACGCUGAGAAAUCCCCGAACCCAGAUGAAGUCGGCUACCUCCAGAUUUCUUGGAAAAUUCCGGUGGAGGAGCAGACGGGGAGUUACAUGUGUGAGGUGUUCGCACUGAAUAGAAAUUUUCACCCCAUUUCAAUGGUUCGUGAAGUUGUGGUCAGUGGUGUAAAUGCUACUCCCGUGGAACUUGCAAAACACAUCGCAUCGCUGCAGGACCGUGUUGACAUGUUGGAAAACCAGACGGGGUCAUGGGUCAAUGUGACAGCCCUUGAGAAGAAGAUUGAGUCCCUGGAGAAUGAACUCCACAAGCUUGCCAACACUGAACCCAUCAUACCAUCACCAAACUUCCAGACGGGUUUCUUCGAAUGUAACAUAGGGGAGCAUGAUGUCCGUGUUGAGUUCCCAAAACGGUUUCACGAGGUUCCAAUUGUGUUC